AUGUCUCGUCCUCAGGUCAGCAUCGAUCGCCUCACCCCGCGCCGCGCCACCAUUGAGCCGCGUGAGGCGAUGAACUGCAAGUCUUGCCGCAAGAGAAAAAUCAAAUGCAAUCGAUUACGACCUAGCUGUGAGGCCUGCAAGGUCUUUCAAUGUGCCUGUGUCUAUGAUGCGGUCCCCAAGAAACGAGGCCCGAAGACAGACGUACUCGAGGCUUUGCUCAAAAGAGUCGAUGGUUUGGAAAAGAGGCUUCAGGAUGAGAACAAUCCGAUUUCGCCAGCCUCGCCCGCGGAUACCUCCGAUGAGCAGCUGCCUCCCCCGCCACUUGCUCGUCGCAAUACCGUAGAUGCAUCGUUCAAUGCCUCCUCUUUGAGGAUGCGGCCUCUGGAGGCAGACCAGCCUCUGUCCGCUGGGCCAUCCUUUGGGUUUCCAUCAACACCUAAGUCAUCGAUUCGCUUCGCCCAACCCUCGCAGGCCAGGCUCCUGUCGGAAACGCUUCUAAAUACGUUCUUUGCCCGCCUGCAUGGCAAACCUUUUUUUAUUCUAGAUGAGCCAAGUACACGACAAAGAUAUCGAUCAAAUGAGCUUCCCACUUUAUCUAUCAAUGGCUAUUGCAGCACUGGCGUUACGGCAGAGCAGUCGAUUCGGGCUGGAUUGGAUACAUCCUUACACGUCCGUCGCAUGGUUGACCUAGACAAUCCUACGAUCGAUGGCCUACAAACAUUACUCCUCCUUUCGCAAGCUUACUUUGCCUAUGGGCUUAGCAAGAAGGCUUAUAUGACAUUUUCCAAUUGUGUCGCUAUGGUUGUCGUUCUCGAUCUGUUCCGUGAAGCUCCCACUAAGGCUAAUCUGCCCCCUCCCGAGCGAGAAAUGCGACGGCGUCUCUUUUGGACAGUUUAUCUCAUGGAUCGCUACAUAAACUGUGGUUCGCGCCGUCCAUAUUUUGUUUCAGAUCAUUCAAUCCUUCUGCGGCUUCCUUCAGCUAGCCUCAACACAGAAGGAGACUUAUUCCGUGUCGGCCCAAAUAUCCACUACUCUACCAAUUCACGACACAAAUCGCCCAGUUCCGCAUCCCUGCUGGUCGAUAUUACUCGCAUUCUCGGGACGACUAACCGAUAUUUGGCCUCGGGGGGAGUCAAAGGCGAUUCGCAUUUCCCGUGGCAUGCGCUGUCAACUCUAUCUAAGAUUCGGCAAGAAUUGGACAUCUGGGCAGCCGGCACACAACAUGUCUUUGGGUCUAUUGAGGCCCUCUUUAGCCACUCAGAAAGUACGACCCUGCUCCUGAGCAAGCUGAUUUAUCACCUUGUUCACUGCCUCCUCUUUCGCCCGUUCCUGCCGAUCGACCUUGUCGAAUUGAGAGGAACAGGCCAGCAUCAAUCCUGGCAGAUUGAAGCUACGAAUCUUUGCUUUGCACACUCCAACGCUAUUGUUGAAUUAGUGGAGCUGGGUCGCAACUCCGCUUUGGUCGAAUGGCCGGGCUUUGUAGCUUACUGUAUUUGCACAGCAGGUACUGUGCACAUCCACGGUGUUCACUACCAAUGCCGCGAGGGAGAGGUCUUUUCCUCCAGUGCGGAGUUCUUGGCUCGGGAAAUGCAUCAGUUGGCAUGGCUACAGACUGCUUGGGCUGGUGUGCAGCACCAACUCGAACUUCUACAAACUAUAUACGCAUUUCAUACGGACUUGGUGCGCAAUCUUGCCAGCAGACCCAUGCGCUUUUCACCCGUAUUCCAUCUGGAGGACUUCUUCGAUAGAUAUCCCGGUCUGACGAUGGACGGAGCCCAUGUGCUGUUACUGGAUGUGGGUGACAACAUGCUUGCAGGGUCGGGCCUUGUCGACCAACCUGGUCAGUGCUAUCAAAAGCAAAUGCCACUGCCGUUUCAAAACCAGCCUCGGCAUGAUUCCGGGCCGCGAACACAGUCCCUUUCAUCAGCUGAAACCACGGAGGCUGGCCGCCAACAGUCUCAUCCACGGUCAUUGAGUCUUGAAACACACAAUGCGCCCCCUCAAUCGUCAAAAGUCCAACUACAUCAGUCGCCGAAUACGUCUCAACCAUCUCCAUCCUCCUUGUCUUUCGUCUUUGCAGCUCCUGGGUCAGCAGAACAGUCUACUGCAACUGACUCAGCUCAGAACACUCAUCUCCAUCCACCGCAUUCCUUCUCUCCGUCGGCAUUUGGUUUUUCCCCAUCGCCCUUUAUGGCGGAAAACUCCUUCAACAUAGCCCCCACGCCACCUUCAAACCCGCAAUACGCCAAUUUCCCCCUUUGA